AUGAUCUUGUUUUUCCUUCUCAUGCCACUUCAAAUCUUUGCUUUUACAUAUCAAUAAUAAUAAUAACUCAAUUCUGAUGAAGUCAAUUAAAUAUUGGAUUACAAUUCUGGAAACAUUUUUGAUUAUGAAUUAAAAUAAGUGAUAGGAGAAGGUGCCUUUUCUAAGGUUUACUUAGCAUAAAGAAUUCAAGAUUAAGAGCUGGUUGUUUUAAAACACAUCAAUGACACCAGAGAGAGCGAUAUCAAUCAAGAGAUAUAAAUUCUGUAAGCCUUAAUAGGUUUGCCCAAUAUCGUUCAAAUGAUAGAUGCUAUCAAGGGACAUUAAGUUGAAUAGGCUGACUAUUACUAAUAACUCUUAAAUAAGGAGACUUAAGCAAUAUAAGCUAAAUAAGAUCCCCCCCAUCAUAAUGAUUCUCUUGAUACCACUAUAAUAUUUACUUACCAAAAUACAACUCGUAAUUUAUAUCAUAUCCUUAAAAAAAGAAGGUACACUUUAAAAUAAGUAAAAAAAUACUUUAAGUAAAUAUUCAGUGCCCUUGUUUAGGCUCAUGAUUUACAUAUAAUGCAUAGGGAUAUUAAAGUUGAAAAUGUACUUGUAGAUCAAAAUGAUAAUAUUAUAUUAAUAGAUUGGGGUUUAAGUCAAUUUUAUGACAGUGGAAAAAUUUUAUCCGUCAGAAUGGGUACUAGAUACUAUAAAGCACCAGAGCUAUUAUUGAAAUAUAGGAAAUAUGAUUACUCAAUUGAUGUUUGGGCUGUUGGAUGCAUGUUGGCUGAUUUUAUAUUCAAGACUGAUCCCUUGUUUAAAGGGAAGGAUCUAAAAGAUUAAUUAAGACAAAUAAUUUAGAAAUUGGGAAAGAAGGAUUUAUAUGAAUAUCUGAAAAAAUAUCAUAUUAAAUUACGUUUGUAAGAUAUUCCUUAAGUUGAAGAGAGAAUAGAUUUCAAGUAAUUGGUGAAUAAAAAGAACAAGAGAUGGGCAACCAAAGAUGCGAUUGAUCUGUUGGAAAAGAUCUUUGUUUAUGAUCACAAAUUAAGAAUAAAUGCACGUUAAGCCCUAGAGCAUGCAUUCUUCUUAUGA